UUUUUUUUUUUUUGAAUGCAAAAAUUGUGAUUUUUUACAUUCACUUGAUUGAACCUGAAAUGGUUUUUUUAUGUUUUAAUUUUAUUAUGAUUUUUAUUUGUUCUUGCAUUAAUGAAUGGAAUAUUGCUUUUCAGAUUCUUUUCAUUGAAUCUGGAUUUAUUUAUUUUUAAUUUGUUGAAUUUAUUUAUUUUGGGUUAAAUGAGAGAAUAGCUUGAUCGAUUGGAUAUUUCUUAAAUUCUUCAUUUAGGAAAAGCUAUGUAUUAAGUGCAACCUGCCUGAUGGACCAUGAAUUAUAAUCACCAGACCAAAUUUAACACAUGUUAGUCACUUGUAUGCAUAUGCAACUAGAUUGUCAUGUGUACAGUGCGCAUAUAGAUGAACAUAUGGAUAAAAUACAUGCAUGCUUGUUGGUGCUUCCUGGUGAAAGGGUUGAAGGCCUGAUUUCUCCUACAGGAACCGACAUCUCUACAAGGGCGAAUAAUUUAAAAGGUGGGGGAAGCUUGUGAGUUGGGCCACAACAUGGAGGAAGCACAUUUACUACAUGCUCAACAAGGAAUUCCAAUAUCAGAAUAUGGGACUAUUCAAAGUCUAUGUUCGUAACUUGCUCAGCUCCAAGAUACAUACAUGUUGCAAGCAUGCAUACCGUGAUGGCUGGUUAGAUGAAGUGGUACUACGCCAUCUUGGCGUUGAAGAUGGAAACACUGUGAUAGCUAAAGAUAUCAGGUUUGGCUUUGCUUUGGCAUUGCUUUCUCCAAUUUUUCUUUUGGUAUUCAAUCACACAAUCUGGUGCAUCUGUAUCCUUCUGCUUGCAUUUGUUUCUUACAAAAUUCAUGAUUCUUUAAGGCUCUCAGACUUAGUAGGUUGCAUCUAUAAUGGGUGAGCUGAGCUUGUUAAAAAGCUUAAAUGGAAGUUUGAUGUCGCAAUUCUGCUCUACCUCUUAUUUUCUGCACCUUUUUCAUUCUUCUUAUGUACAGAGUUUUUCUAGCCCUACACCCUUACAUCACCCACCUGUUAACAUGGUUUUAAAUGAUGUCCGAUACAAGUUGGUGCUGUCCAGUCUUAUCGUUUUUGGUUUGACCGGAAAUGAGUCACCUGACUGAUUGGGGACUGAAACUGGGACAGAAAUGGAUCUGUGCGGGAUUGAAAUGGACGAGAUGGGGCGUAAUCAUUAUUUGGUUCAGACCAGAAAUUAAAUAGGAAUUCGAGUUGUUAAUGGAAAUGUGCAUCUAGAUAGUGCUUGCCUAUAACAUUGGACUUGCUCUUGUACAGACAUUGUGCUGAAUGUUUAUCAUCAAUGCUGGCCCUGGUUUUAGGCUGCUGU